UCUUGAGGAGCAUAUUGAUCAGACUAUUCCGGGAACUGAUGAAACAAAUCUUUAUUUUGCAUUUUAACGAGGUUCCGAGAAGUGUUUAUUAAUGCUGUUGGAAUGCAUAUAAACUAUGAGACUGGCAUUAUAGGCAAGCAUCUUGUAUGAGUAAGCUCAGAAGCUGACCCACACGUUGGGGCAAGUUGGUUGCAACACAGAGUCAUAUUGUUUUAUGGAGGACCACAACUUAGUUGUUGGUCAAGAAUUUCCUGAUGUCAAAACAUUCCGAAAUGCAAUUAAAGAAGCUGCUAUUGCACAACAUUUUGAACUUCGCAUUGUGAAGAGUGACCUGAUUCGCUAUAUCGCAAAAUGUGCUGCAGAUGGUUGUCCUUGGCGUAUACGUGCAGUCAAGAUUCCCAAUGCUCCAACAUUCACAAUACGGAGUCUUGAAGGAACGCACACCUGUGGGAGAAAUGCCCAAACUGGACAUCAUCAGGCUUCUGUGGAUUGGAUUGUUAACUUUAUAGAGGAACGACUGAGGGACAACAUAAAUUACAAGCCAAAAGAUAUUUUGCAUGACAUCUACAAACAGUAUGGGAUAAUUAUACCAUACAAGCAAGCUUGGCGUGCCAAGGAACGGGGGCUGCAAGCCAUAUAUGGGUCUUCUGAAGAAGGUUACUGCCUUCUUCCUGCAUACUGCGAGCAAAUUAAGAAGACAAAUCCUGGAAGUUGUGCAGAGGUGUUUACUGCUGGUUCUGAUAACCGGUUCCAGCGACUCUUCAUUGCUUUCUAUGCUUCCAUAUACGGUUUUUUGAGUGGAUGCUUGCCAGUUGUUGGGCUUGGUGCAAUCCAGUUGAAAAGCAAGUACCUUGGUACCUUAAUGUCAGCUACUUCUUUUGAUGCUGAUGGUGGAUUAUUUCCAAUUGCCUUUGGUGUUGUCGAUGCAGAGAAUGAUGAGAGUUGGAUGUGGUUCUUGUCAGAGUUAAAUAAGGCAUUAGAGAUGCACACGGAGAGGAUACCUGAGCUAACUUUUUUAUCUGAUGCACAGAAAAGCAUUGCAGAUGCUGUCAAAAGGAAAUUUCCUGGUUCUUCACAUGCAAUUUGCAUGCGUCACUUGAGUGAAAGCAUGGGUCAAGAGUUUAGAAAUUCAAGGCUUGUUCAACUGUUAUGGAAAGCCGCAUAUUCUACCACAGCCCAUGGAUUUAAAGAGAAACUGGCUGAAAUUCAGGAAAUCUCCCUGGAUGCAGCAAAGUGGCUUCAACAAUAUUCUCACUCCCAUUGGUCAUUGAUGUAUUUUGAAGGAAAACGGUAUGGCCAUCUCUCUUCAAACAUUGAGGAGUUCAAUCAGUGGAUUCUUGAAGCACGAGAGCUGCCCAUAGUUCAGGUAAUUGAGCGGAUUCACAGUAAACUGAUAUCAGAGUUUGAGGAACGGCGAGCAGAGAGUAGUACUUGGAUUUCCAUGCUUGCGCCGACUGCUGAGAAGCGCUUGCUGGAGGCGAUGGAACAUUCCUCUACAUAUCAGGUGCUUCGGUCUGAUGAGGUAGAAUUUGAGGUCCUAUCAGCAGAGCGAUCACACAUUGUGAACAUAGGUACCCGUUCUUGCUCCUGCCGUGAUUGGCAGUUGUUUGGAAUACCAUGUUCACAUGCAGUUGCUGCUCUUACUUCAUAUAAGAAAGACGUGUAUGCUUAUACAGAGAAGUAUUUCACUGCAAGCUCUUAUCGUGAGUCAUACUCCGAAGAGAUACUUCGCAUCCCUGGGAAGAUCAAAUGGAAGAAGGAAGGUGAUGUUCCAGUAGAUGAUGAUGUACGACUUGUUCGACCACCCAAGUUUCGAAGACCACCUGGACGCCCUGAGAAAAAGCGGGUAUGCGUAGAGGAUGUUAAUCGUGAAAAGCAUACAGUUCAUUGUAGUCGCUGCAAUCAAACAGGGCACUACAAAACGACCUGCAAAGCAGAGACCUUGAAGAGUUUUGAACAGUUGUAGAUGUCUAGCCUUGUAUGUUAGAUCACGUAACAACUAACAAGUCAGAGUCGUAGGGUGAUGCUUCUGAAUAGGACUGAGAAUGCCUUGUCAAAUAUGUAUGAUGUUUUGUAGCUUCCCAUGUACCAUUACGAUAAUCUCCAUUGUAUAAAAUGUUUCUGUGGCGUCACGAACAUGUAGGUUUGGUGGGUUUCAUCCAUUAGCCUUUUGGAGUUUCGCGAUCCGCAUUUUCAUGCA